GACAGAGAGUGAAGAGGACAAUGCAGGUAUGAGAGGAGCCUGGUGAGCGUGUGUCUUGAAGAAACCAAGGCUACGAAGGUAAAAGUGCCGCUAAUGGAUGACUGCACAGAGGCACGGCAGCCGGUGGAUGCUGCUGUUAUCAUUGUGGAGAACGAAGCGGAACCAGCGCGAGAGGAGAAGUCCGGCGCCACCGACCACGUCUACCUGGACACCUGCCCCGUCUGCCAGCUCAACUUUCACAGCCGAGAGCCCAAACUUCUGCCGUGUCUGCACUCUUUCUGCAAGAAAUGUUUGCCGCCGCCCUCCAGGAAUUUGGCCAUGCCAGAGCCGCCAAACUCCCAGACAGACAGCGCGACCAAACCACUAAAUGUGAUCCGCUGUCCAGUGUGCAGGCAGGAGUGUAUGGAGGUAGAUGUGAUGGAUAACGUCUUUGUGAAGGACUCUGUGGAGGCUCCUAGCAGCACAGUGGAGAGGACAGUUCAGCUCUGUAUGACCUGCGAUGACAACACUGAAGCUGCCGGGUUUUGUGCUGACUGUGUUGAGUACCUGUGUACCACCUGUGUGGAGGCCCACCAGAGGGUUAAAUUCACCAAAGACCACACCAUCAGACUGAAAACAGAAGUAUCACAAGAGGUGCACGGUGUGUCAACUCAGAGGCCGAUGUUCUGUGACAUCCACAAACAGGAACCGCUAAAACUUUUUUGUGAGACCUGUGACCUACUGACCUGCCGCGACUGCCAGCUUGUCAAGCACAAGGACCACAAUUACCAGUUCCUUGAGGAUGCUUAUAAAAACCACAGACAGCACAUGGAGAGCAUGACCCAUCAGCUGCAGGAGAAAAAGAAACUGAUUGAAGAGGUGUCGGACUCCAUAAACAAUGGACUUCUUCUGGUUGAUCAGAACCGUACGUCUGUUCAUAAUGAAAUAAAGAAGUCCGUCUGCAGUCUGAUUCUUGAGAUAAACAAGAAAGGCAAGAUGCUACUCAAUCAACUUGAGACUGUAACUAAGGAUCAUGAGAGUGUCCUGCGAAAACAGCAGGAGGACAUUGGCUAUCUAUCCAGACACCUGGAUCAUGUCAUCAGCUUCACCAGAUGGGCCACAGCCAGGAAUGGAGGCAUGGCCCUCUUGUACUGUAAACGUUUGAUUCUGUUUCAGAUUGGAAACCUCCUGCGGGCAAAAUGCAGUGUCUCAUUUGUGCCACAGAGCACCGUACGCUUCCAAUGUCGAGCCUCGUACUGGGCCUCAAAUGUUGAUCUGGGCUCUUUAGUGGUGGAAAAUGUACCAGGCCACCAGCUGGGUGGUUUUCAGGGUAUUCCUCAUCAGCUCACUCACCCCGGGCAGGGCCCUUCAGGCUCACCCCUCAGCGUUGCCUUGGGAGCUCCCCAUAGCACUCUGGCUCAGCUCCAGAUGCAGGUGGACAAGCUAAACCCGUUGGCUAACUGGCAGCCGCUGCCUCCUCCUCCGCCCUGGACAUGGUACCAGAGCAUCCGACUGCCACGGACCGUCCCGGGGCCCCAGCAGGGAGGCUCUCCGUCCCACAGUAUGAAUCCCCAACCAGGCCGCAGGUUCAUCGUGCCUCCGCCCAACCAUGUCAGCCCAACUAGCAGCUUGCCGAGCCCCGGAUUUCCUCCCCAGCAUCAUCUGAGGCUGAUGGGAAGCAGCUACCAAACCAAACCCGUGGACAUGUUUUCUGCUUCACCUCCCUACUCGCAUAUAAGACCGCUGCCCAUCAAUGGCGGCGUCAGUUCGCCUCAAUCAAGACAGGUGAUUGAGCCCACGUAUGUGAGCAGGAGGAAUGAAUCAGCUGGUCCAGUAUACAUGGUGAAUCCCAGCUAUCCUCAGGGCCUGAUGCUGUCUUUGCCAAACAGAAAUGUGCAAGGACAGCAGAAUUCACCAGGGUACGCUGCUGUAUCCCAGGAGGAAAAACCUGAGACUGUUUCCUGGAAACCUCCAGAAGCACAAAGGGCUAAUGGAGAAAUAGGCUCUGCUGUCAAGAGGAGAAGAAGAUCAUCUCCAGGGCCAAUCAUUGUCAUCAAAGAUGAGCCAGAUGAUGACAGCAUUUAUGCACAUGCCCAUCAAAGAGCCAGCCUCCCCGACAGCACAGAUGACCAACUCCAAAUUAGUUCUAAAGUUGAAAGAAACAAGGUCCCAACUCCCCUUCAAAGCACAGAAGACAGAUCUCACAGCCCUUCACAGCCUGCAGGCAGUCAGUGGGUCCAGAGUAAGACGAAAGCUCCAAAUCACUUCCGUUCAGUGGUAGAAGAGCAGCAGCUAGACCGGCUGGAAGACUCUAAUGAAGUCUUGUGUGCUGUGUGUCAGACUGGUGGAGAGCUGUUUUGCUGCAAUAAGUGUCCCAAAGUUUUUCAUCUCACGUGCCAUGUUCCAACUCUCCUCAAGUCUCCCAGCGGGGAAUGGUUUUGCUCUUUCUGCCGUGACCUGUUAGCGCCUGAGAUGGAGUAUGACUGCAAACCUGAAGCCAAAACCGUAAAGACGGAGAAAGAUCUUGAAGGAGGAUUUGCUCCUGUGGACAAACGAAAAUCCGAGAGGCUUUUGCUGCACUUGUUUUGCAGCGAGCUGAGUUCAGAACUUCAAGAGCCUGUGUCCACCUCGGUAUGUGCUAAUAACAGGCUGGCCGUAAAGCUACCAAUGAAUCUUUCCACUGUGAAAAGACGUCUGGAGGCUAAGCAGAGUCUGUGCUACCAAAGCACUGCAGAGUUUGUGUCAGACAUCAGGCUUGUAUUUGGGAACUGUGCAGUUCUCAGUGAGGCUGAUGCCGAAAUCACCAAGACAUGCAGGAAACUUGAAGAGCUGUUUGAAGAAUGCCUGAAGCUCAUCUACCCCGACCAAACCUUUCCAGACAUUAAAAUGGAGAUAAUGCCUACUUCCCUUCCUGAAUUUCAGCUCUCACCUCCUGACAAUAUGCCACAGCUUGCAAAGCGUCAGCACACAUGUUCAGACUCCCAGGAUACACCAAGCUAUCCCAGUGGAGAGGAGGGCGUUGCGUGAAAGCACAAAUCUUCCCCAUCGUUUCGAUAUUUAACAACACUGCCAGACAGCACCAGAUAAUAUGUGGUGUGGAACACUUUAUUACAAACAUUUGUGAUACGCAGUUACCUUCAGGUCACCAAAAAUGUUUUAUAUGUUUAAAAAUUAAAUUGUACAGCAAGCAAAGACUGUCGGAUGCAUGAUAUAGCACCCUUAAUUUAUUCUAUUUUCUGGAAUAAACAGCAUUAAAGCUGUUGGAUUUAGUGGAUUUUCCAUCUCUGACUGAAGAUUAAAACUUGAAUUCAUGCAGAAAGUACAUAGUGGACAUGUGUUUUCAGGGUAUCUGACUAUUACGGGGUCACGUCUGCUAAGAGUCAACAUCAUCAUUGGUAGUUAGCACAGAAGCUAAUGAGCUAACAGGUAGUAUGGUCAGGUUUGGUGUGUUUUUCCGGAUAGGGUCUUCUUUUGUAAAUAUAGCUGUAGUUAGACACAGGAUGAUAAUCAUGAGCCUAAGUGUUUGUGAUUUAUCCAAUGUGGCACCAACAGUAAAUGAAAAACUCAAAGGAAAUGAAAGUUGUUUGUUAAAAUACCAGACUGUAUGAAUUUUUACAUGUUCUAAUUUCUGAAUUUAAAAAAAGUACAGUAGAACGAUAAAUGUACAUGUCAUGUGUCAUUUUAUUUAUUAAUUUAUUUAUUUAUUAGAAUUUAUUUGGAUGUUUAUUUAAAGAAAUACACAUUUUUAGAUAUCAUUGUGAAGAACCAAGCACAGUGCCUAUGUUAUAAUAUGUGAUAGCCUGUUUUUCAGGAUUGUUUUGUUUCCAUAAAAUGCUUUCUUAUACAUGCACAGCAUUGUCAAAUGUUUUCUCAUAUCAAACAUCAACAACAUUGAGCCAUAAGCCUACUUGCAUUUAAGUCAGCUUGCAGGUAUUAACAGGGUAGAAUGGAAUAAAACUGCUUAAUUUUUA